UCCAAGACCGAUUAGAUUUUUCUUCAAGCAAUUUCUUUAAAAAUCCAUCAGUUCAAGAAAGAGGUGAGGGAGAUUCACAACCUAUGCCUAAAGUUUCUUCAUUAAAAUAUUACACGGUUGCUAAAGAAGAAAAAACUAGAAUUUUUUUAUCAUAUAAAGAAUGUGAAGAAUAUGUUAAAGGUAUUCCUGGAGCUUUGUAUAGAUCAUUUUAUACAAAGAUCGAGGCUCAGAAUUUUAUCGAUCAACAAAAUAUCGAUGAUGAUUUAAAAGAUGUAUUAAAUGUUUGGACCGACGGAUAUUGUAAACAAAAUGGAUUACCAGAUGCUGUCGGAAGUAUUGGAGUAUUUUUUGGAGAUAACGAUCCAAGAAAUCUGUCUGAACAACUCCCUGGUGAACGUCAAACUAAUAAUCGUGCAGAAAUCUAUGCUGCAAUUAGAGCUCUUGAAAUUUGUGAUAAAAUGGAAAAUCUAAUUAUAAAUACUGAUAGUAACUACGUUAUCAUUUCUAGAGAUGUUAAAAGACCAAAAACUAAUUUUGAUCUAGUUAAUAGAUUCAAUGAUUUAAUUAAAGAACGCAAAGGGAAAACGUAUCUAAAACAUGUGAAGGGACAUAGUGGCAUUUAUAGAAAUGAAAAGGCUGAUAGGUUAGCAUAUUUAGAAAAAUUAACAUCUAAUCAUGAUGAUGAAGGUCACAUAACCGAAUAUAUUCAAAUCAAGUUGAGCGAUAAUCAAAAUGCUCUUCUUGAUAAAGAAUGUCAAGAAUUUCUUAAGCAGCAUAAAUUUGUUCUCGAUAAGGCUAAUAAUAUCAUCGAAGAAACCACUGAAGAAUAUUUAUUCGAAUUACUUUACCCUGAAGCAAAAUUAGCAAAUAUUAAAUUUAAGAACG